AUGACGGGAGCAAUGCUGCAAAAUCCAACCCUCAGAAUGCCAAUCAGCAUGAUGCCAAUUCAACCGUUGGGUAUUGCGAUCGGCAAUGUGCCGAAUCCUACUAUUGGCGUGCCGAUUAGUAACCCACCAAUAUUGUCAGAUCCGCCGGCAGCUGAGGUAGCACAGGGACCCAGACGUGCUCGGCCAGUAUACAAAAAGCCUUAUCCCGAUCAUGUCGAUGCUCAUGAGUUGCCUAGAAAUUAUCAGUAUCCCGAUUUUUCCAUGUAUAGUGGUAAAGAAAAUUUUUAUACGGUGCAGCACAUUGCGAGCUUUACAGCACAAUGUGGUGAAGCAGGCCCUAGUCCUUGGCUGAGGAUGAGGUUAUUCUCCAGUUCUCUCGCUGAGGUAGCAUUUGAAUGGUACAGCAAUUUACCAGCCAAUUCUAUUCGGACAUGGGACGAAAUGGAGGACAUUUUUCAUACCCAAUUCCACCGAACAGAGGCAGAAGCUACGCUGGCGGAUAUAUCUCGUUUAACUCAGUUGCCAAGCGAAUCAGUUGAAACUUUUAUUGCUAGGUUCAAAAAAGCUAAACUUAAAUGUCAAGUAAGCUUGCCAGAACCAGAGUAUAUCAAGUUGGCAUUAAACGAUUUGGACAUUGAACAUCGCAAGAGGUUUGAUGGGGUUGAGUUUCAAGAUCUCUUCGAUUUAGUAAACAGGGAUUCUCGGUAUGAGAAGAUACUUAAAGAAGAGAAAGAGAGGAGGAAUACUUCUAAAGGUACCUAUUACAAGGACCCCAAUUAUGAGCUGACCACGGGGGGCAGUUCAACAUCAAUAUCGACACCAAAGAAAGGUCCUGCCGAUAUUGGGAAAAGUUAUUCUUUUGAUUUGUCAAAAACAGAUCAGAUUUUUGAUCACUUGUUGGCCAAUAAAAUGAUAUCUUUGCCUAAAGGGCAUAAGAUUCCAUCGACAAAUGACUUAAAAGGGAAAGAAUACUGUAAGCAUCAUAACUCUUGGAACCAUGCUACUAAUGAUCGUACUAUUCUACGAGGUUUAUUGCAGAAGGCUAUCGAUGAAGGUACUUUGAAGUUCCCAGAGAAAACUUCAGAGACCAUGAAGGUGGACACCAAUCCAUUCCCUAUAAUCGCGUUUACUAAUGUGAUAAGCUUAGCCAAGCAAGAAAAUCAGCAGGAGGCUAAAAAGGCAUCAGAUGAGUUCCUUUCAUCAAAUGUGACCCUUAAAAAGAUGGCAGAGCUGCAGAAAUAG